GUUAUCCACACGGGUCGUCACGCAAGAGGUUGAAGAAUGAUCAUCAGAAGUUGAUUGAAACAUGGCUAGACACCGCGUUCAGAUUUACCUGUCGUUGAUAGUCGUGAGUUUUCUUGGUUGUCAUUACUGCCAAGGUUCUCCGGCUGCAGUGCCAUCAACCAUUGGGUCCUUUCCACAACCUGCUAAUGUUGUGCACCAGGAUGUUAGCGCAAUGGCAGCUUCCAUAGAAGAAAGUACAUCCCAUGCAGUACAGCAAGAAGAACAGGAAGACUUGUCAAUGGGAGGAGGAGAUUCCAGCAGAUUUCGUUUGGAGAGUGAGCAAGCAAGGACCUCACCUACGGAGCUGCAGGACGAAGCAGUGCAUUACAGUGACGAUGGAACUCUUCAAAAUACCUCAGGAGCCAUGGAUCCUACGGUAGCUGAUGGAGCGAAGCAGUCACGGGAAGUCUGUACAGAUGCAGAGGAGCUCUCAAGGAAACCUCCUUCAAGAUCGGAACCUGAAGCUGAGGAUCACAACACAGGACAACAGGACGCUGCUGCAAUAUCAAAGGAUGCCGACCAUCAGAACAACUUUGAGCAUGAUGGCUCUGGGAAGUCAACUGCAGGUUCAUCAGCACAUCACCCCGACAUUAUACCAAAGCAAAGUGAAGGCAAGGAGGAAUCGUCAUCGAGAGCAUUCGGCUAUUAUUUUUGCACAGCCAUUGAGAAAUCAACUGGGAAUCGUGAGCAAUGCACGCUGAGCCCAGAAAAACUUGAAGCAGCAAACAAAGCCAUAGCCGCUGUGAGCGACACGACCAAGGUCAUCGCUGCUGAGAAAGCUCUGUUGAAGCACACACCUCGCAUGUUCGAUCAAUCAAGACAGUAUUUGGAUCAGGCUGCACAACACGCUGUAGAAAAGGCGUUGGAAAUCGCCGUCAUUGGAGGUUCUGCCUUGUUGUCGGUGGUCUUGCCCAUUUGCAAUGCUUUAGACGUUGCAACGACUGUAGGAAUGCAGGUCGCAUUGGCUACUCAAAAACAGAUUGUCAGUAUAGUGCGGUCGCCUCAGGGACAAGCUGUGCAAAUCUGGGCAUACAAGAAGGCUCAGAGCAUGAUUGAGCUGGCCAAGGAGGCUGUCAAAGUUGGUGUCGUGUAUCUUGUGUCUGUCAAUCGAGCUCUGUGGCGCAUUGCUGAUUCGAGCGCAUGGCUUCCUUCUCCCUCACGCAGGGAUUAUCCCAUGGGCUCAUUCUUCAUCUAUCAGGACACGAACAACAUACACGCGCUGAUACCCGUGUUUACAAAGAAACACGAGUAUCUUGGAACAUUCUGGGACGAUUCCAUCAAAGAUCAGGAAAGAGGAACAAAUGGCGGAUUGGUUGUUGCAGGAGGAGCGACCAAAUGUGCAGAUGAAUGUUGGCGAAUGACAGCCAAAGCAAUCGAAGGAUGUCAAGGGUUUGAAUUCGUGGGGAAUGGACUUCAAGACCACCGAUCAAGGGCAACUUGCGCAAUUUGUCGCUCCUUUGUGUGGUAUGCUAUGGAUCAUGAGAAUGUGAAGUUGAGGGGCAAGUGCUUUGCCAUCACCACGUCUACAUGGGCUCCGGCGUAUGAGACAGGUGUGAUCAGUGGAUAUUUUCAAACAAGCGAUGGUGGAAAUUCUGGCUCUGAGGAAAAUGUCGGAGCAAAGGUUAAGGCAAGAAAUAUCCUGCAGAUACUCGAGAAGUAA